AUGAAAGUAGUUGGAAAAGAGAAGAUGAUAAAGGUUGGGAUGAUGAGGCAGAUUAAGAGAGAGAUCUCGGUGAUGAAGAUGAUAAAGCAUCCUCAUUUCAUUGCGCUCCACGAAGUAAUGGCCUCCAAAUCCAAGAGCUACAUCGCCAUGGAGCUCUUCCGGGGACGAGCUCUUCAACAAAAUUGCCACAAAGAGAUGCAUGAGGGAGGACCUUGCGAGGCUCUACCUCCACCAGCUUAUCUCCGCCGUCGAUUUCUCUACCACUGCAAUCUCAAGCCAGAGAAUCUUCUCCUUGACGACAACGGCAACCUCAAGGUCUCUGACUUCGGACUUAGCACUAAUUUCUCCGAGCAUCUCCGCCAGGACGGCUUGUUGCACAUAACUUGCGGCACUUCGGCAUAUGUAUAG